UUUUGGGAAUAAGAGCACCCGCUUAGUCAUAAACAUUCUAAAAUAGCAGCGGCCUCGUGCACCUUCUUCACCAUCGUCUUCUUUCUUCUUCUUCUUCUCCUUCUCCUCCUUCGACUCCGAUCGGAUUUCUCUCGUUUCGUUCCACGAGAUAUACGAUGGGUUUUCUUCGCGGAAUCACGGCACUGUCGAAGCUCCGAUCUCGCCUUGGCCAGCAAACUACUCAGCUAGGUUCAGUCCGGUGGCUGCAAAUCCAGAGCGCUUCUGAUCUGGACCUUCGUUCUCAAUUGAAGGAUCAAAUUCCCGAACAACAGGAGCGCUUGAAGAAAAUAAAAUCAGAUAGUGGAAAAUUUCAGCUUGGCAACAUCACCGUUGAUAUGGUAAUUGGUGGAAUGCGAGGAAUGACCGGAUUGCUGUGGGAAACAUCAUUACUCGACCCAGAUGAGGGAAUCCGCUUUAGGGGGCUCUCUAUUCCAGAAUGCCAGAAGCUAUUACCUGCUGCAAUCCCUGGGGGGGAACCCUUGCCUGAGGGCCUUCUUUGGCUACUUUUGACUGGGAAGGUACCAAGUAAAGAGCAGGUUGAUGCAUUAUCCAAGGAACUGCAAAGCCGCUCUGCAGUUCCAGAUCAUGUGUACAAAGCGAUCGAUGCUUUUCCUGUCACAGCUCAUCCAAUGACACAGUUUGCAACUGGUGUUAUGGCACUGCAGGUCGAAAGUGAGUUUCAGAAGGCAUAUGAUCAAGGGAUACCAAAGUCAAAGUUCUGGGAACCAACAUAUGAGGACUCCAUGAACUUGAUUGCACGAGUUCCAGUAGUGGCUGCUUAUGUCUAUCGAAGGGUUUAUAAGGACGGGAGAGUUAUAUCCACUGAUAAAUCUCUGGAUUAUGGUGCAAACUUUUCUCACAUGCUUGGGUUUGAUGAUCCAAAAAUGCUGGAGCUGAUGAGGCUUUAUGUUACAAUCCACAGUGAUCAUGAGGGGGGCAAUGUUAGCGCUCAUACUGGUCAUCUGGUUGCCAGUGCACUUUCCGAUCCUUAUCUUUCAUUUGCAGCUGCCCUCAAUGGUUUAGCUGGGCCACUUCAUGGGUUGGCAAAUCAGGAAGUCCUGCUAUGGAUCAAAUCUGUUGUAAAAGAAUGCGGUGAAAACAUAACAACUGAACAGUUAAAGGAGUAUGUAUGGAAGACAUUAAACAGUGGGAAGGUCGUCCCUGGAUUUGGGCAUGGAGUUCUUCGUAAAACUGAUCCUAGAUACACUUGCCAAAGAGAAUUUGCAUUGAAACACUUACCUGAUGAUCCACUUUUCCAGCUGGUUUCAAAACUGUAUGAAGUUGUGCCUCCGAUUCUCACGGAUCUGGGCAAGGUUAAGAACCCUUGGCCCAAUGUUGAUGCUCACAGUGGAGCACUGCUGAACCAUUUCGGUUUAACUGAAGCUAGAUACUAUACUGUUCUGUUUGGUGUUUCCCGGAGCUUAGGAAUAUGCUCUCAGCUGAUUUGGGAUAGAGCUCUAGGGUUGCCUCUUGAGAGGCCCAAGAGUGUGACCAUGGACUGGCUUGAAAGCCACUGCAAGAAAUCUGCUUAAUGCCUGCAAGUGUUUUUUCUGCCAGAAAGUAUUUACAUUUUAACACAUCUCGCUAAACAUUUUUUUGAAAAGGUUAUGUAACUUUCGCUGUAAGUUUAAAGAUGAUCUUCCAGAAUCAUCACGGCAACUUGGUCCAUUUUUGUUAAAUUUUUACAAAUUUUAAUCUAAAUAAGUGCAUUGUUGUCUGUUA